AUGGCCUACUCUUGCUUCGCAAUGGCAGCGACGGAUCACCUGCUCCCCUCCUUGGGCAUUUUGUCGCGCGAAGCGAACUACGAGUACGCGGUUGCUGUCACUAUGACCGAUCUUGUGGAGUCGCGCACGGCCCGCAGUGGUGCGACUGACGGCAAUGACGGCGUCACUACGACCAACGCGACUCUCCUGAGGGAGGCCAGCGGCCGUUCAGGCCGAUUUUCCCUCCAAUCCUCCGAUGACGAGAGCCCCUGGGGGAUCGUCUCUUCUCUCGUAGAGGCGAGCGGCAGCCUCCUCGAUAGUGAGACUGUAAGCGAACGCCGCCGUCAACGCUCCCUGCUCGACGCCAAACUCAUGUACGGCAAGUCCGCGGCGGUGCUGUACCAAUAUGCCGACGGCAUCUCUCUCAACGCGGAGUUCUUCCUCAUCGACGAAGUCACCGGGACCGAUCUCGACGAGGAAAAACUCCUCGACCUUUGCGCCUCGAAAGGAGCGACAUGCAGCAUCGGCGACGGCACAGGCACCGUCGGCGACCCGCUCGCGUUGCGACAGCUGCUUGACCGCACCGACACGAUCCGUGCGACCGCUCUCCUUACCACCGCCGAAGUUGAGGAUGGCGCCGCGGGCACUGGCGUCGCCGUCGUAUACGAUGGUAAGGUGGAGGUCGUUGCCAAGACUACCGCCAUCGCGGACAGCGGGGAGUCGCUCGAGAGCUUAGCCGCCAGCCUGACCGCGACGAACGAGGCGAAGAUGACAGAGCUUCGCGACAAUACUCUCCUCCAGGGCACAUUGGCCUUUGAGAGCCAGCAACUCGGCGACGUGAGCGAUUUUGACGAGGCCAUCAAAGAAGGCAUCCUCGAGAAGCUUGCUGACCUGGCAGGCUUUGUCGUCGCGCCUUUCGGCUCGAAGAUCGAGGUCCGCGCCGGAAGCGUCGUCGUCGUUGCCACAUUUCCAGGGCUCACGCAGGGGCAAGCGAAUGCGGCCGAGAGCAGCCUCGCCUCGUAUUCCGGGGCGACGGGCCAAGAGGACUUUGAAGAGGCCAUGAGCCCCGUCCUUGGGGGCAUCUCCAUCCUGAGCCCCUUUGCGGUCGACAUCGUGGACAACGAGGAGCCAACCAAGAAGAGCUCGAGCACCGCUGUCGUCGCCAUCGUGGCCGUGGCUGGGGUGGCCGUCGUGGCGGCCCUCCUCGUCGGUGGCUACAUAUGCUACAAGAAGAAGGAUCGGCGUGCUCGUGUCUCAGUCGUGGGACAGAUGGAGGGGGCCGAGCCAAGCCGCAGGACUUCAAAGACGGAUCUGGAAGGUGCGCCCGAUGGCGAUGUGGACGCAAAUUCCGGACAGACGCCACGGACCUCCGUCUACCGUACCUCCGAUGGCAUUUGA